AUGUUGAAAAGACUACUUUCAGUUAAUAAACCGAACAAGAAGAAGCAUGCAAUAGAUAAAAAUGAAACGAAGGAUAAGUCUCAUACACAUUCACAUCUUCAUUCCUCUGAUAUUCAACAUCAUAGUAGUCGAGAUCAUAUACAUGCAAAGCAUACAACUGACGUAGAAUCAAUGAAUAACCAUAGUCAUAAUCACACUCACCAUCCACAUAAUAAUCAUAACUCUCACCAUGAGAAAAUAUUAGAACCAAAUACUUCAGAAUGCAUACAAGAAGAAAAGGUCAAAGAAGAAGAGGGAGAAGAAAAAGAAGAUGAAAAUGAGGAAAGAAAAGUUUUGGCCAUGCAUCCGACAGAGCCUUCAAAGGUAGUACCUCCUUUACCUCCACCUUCUCGUAACACCUCGAAGAAGCAAGUCCCAGCUACAAUUGUGAACAACGACGAUACACUGAACUCGGCAAUCCUUUUCACUCCUGUAUCAGAUCUAAUACCAUAUGGUGAUGGAUCAAAUAAAGUAUUCGGUUAUGAAAAUUUCGGGAAUACAUGCUAUUGUAAUUCUGUCUUACAAUGUCUUUACAAUUUAUACGAAUUUAGAUUGAAUAUGUUGGAAUAUUCAGACCAUCUUCCUCACAACUAUGCUAAUAUUGAAAAUAGAAGAAUAAGGAAAUUAGAUAUGAAAGGAUUGAAACCAAGAAUUUUCACUGAAGCUAGUUUCGAUUCCAAUAAUAAUAAGCCUAACACGACUACUAUUACUAACACCUCAAGUAAUGAUAAUGAAAUAGAUAACAAUAACAAUAUUAAUAAUAACGAAACAUACCAAGAUUAUAAUAAUCUCAAUUCCAAAAAUACUACGAAUAAUAAUAAUAAUAAUAACAAUAAAAGAAACUCAUUCAUGGGCUUCCAAGUUCCUAGCAAACAACAAUAUAAUAACAAUAAAGAUACCACCGUGAAUAAUAAGCAAGAUGGGAAUAAUAAUAAUAAUAAUAAUAAUAAUAGUACUAAUAAUGCAAAGAGUCAAUCAUAUACUGCCAAGAUGAGUUCAUUACUUGGAGCAGCAACAUCAAAUUCAAAUCCAAAUAUGGAAAACGGGAAAGAUAAAAAUGGCAACGUUAAUACUCAAGAUGAUGGGAUCAUUCAUGCCACUUUAAUGUCCUCUGAUGUAACGACAGAAAAAUUACAUUCUGGUUGUCAAGAUAUAUUAGUCGGUAGAAUAAAUAAUAACAAUAAUAAUAAUAGAUUCACUAAGCAACAAAAACCAAAUAUUAUUGAUGAAUUAUCAAAUAGCAAAGAAUCAUAUACUCCAAUCUUUUCUAAAACCAAUAACAAUAACAAUAACAAUAACAAUAACAAUAUACCACAUAAUAUACCAAGUAAUAACAUUGUUACACCAGUGCAAAAACCAACAAGUGAGCAAAGGAAAAAAGCAGCAUUAAUAAACGGUCCCGUCUUGAACGUAGAUCAUUUAUUAAAUCAAUACGAGAAGGCAAACUUAUACAACUCUUUAAAGGAUAUUUUCGAAAGUAUAACAGAAAACAGAUACUUAACGGGUAUAGUUGCCCCCACUGAAUUCGUGAAGAUUUUGAAAAAAGAAAAUGUACUUUUCAAUUCAAUGAUGCAACAAGAUUCUCAUGAAUUUUUAAAUUUCUUACUAAAUGAACUACGUGAUUAUUUACCAUCCACAACAAAUAAUUUUAUUACAAACCUAUUCCAAGGUAUAUUAACUAAUCAAAUAAAAUGUUUAACUUGUGAUAACAUCACUUCAAGAGAUGAACCGUUCUUAGAUUUCCCCAUUGGUGUUAAAGAUGACGAGGAAACAAACAUUGAAACGUUAUUAAGGAAUUAUCAUACUAGAGAAAUGUUGAAUGGAUCCAAUAAAUUUUAUUGUAAUCAAUGUUGCGGACUUCAAGAAGCUGAAAGAAUAGUGGGGUUGAAACAAUUACCUCAUAUUUUGGCAUUACAUUUGAAAAGAUUUAAAUAUUCUGAGGUGAAGAAUACAAAUAUUAAGUUAUUCAAUAAAGUUUAUUAUCCAUUGACUUUGAAUGUAGCAUCUACUUUUGAUUCAUCAAUUGAAAAAGCUUAUGAAUUAACUGGGGUUGUGAUUCAUAUGGGGAGUAGUCCACAACAUGGCCAUUAUGUUUCAUUAUGUAAGAAUGAUAAAUUUGGUUGGUUAUUAUUUGAUGAUGAAACUGUGGAAUCUGUUUCUGAAAGUACGGUAUUGGAAUUCACUGGAGAUCCAAAUAAUCAGGCUACUGCAUAUGUUUUAUUUUAUAAGGAGAUCAAAGAUAUCGUGAAAUAUUAUCAUAGUAUUGAAACUCAUCAUGAUAAAUUUAAGAAUAAUAUUAAUGAAUUAAUUAAAUGUGAUGAUGCAAUAAGAAUUGAACAAGAAAAGCAAAGGAAAAUUCAAAAAAAAUUACAUGACGAACAAAUGGAAAGGGAAAGGCUGUCAAUGAAUGAGUUGGAUAAGAAUAUUGAGAGAAAGGGGUCUCAUUCAGCCAAUAAUAAGACGAAAAGGAAGUCAAGGAUCUUGAGUUUCAUGAAGAGUUGA